AUAAAUACCCCCCCCAGGUACUGUGCCAAAGAUAUCCAGCUAAACAUUGUUUCUUACUUUUCUAUAAAUCCGUCAACAUUUCAUGUCCGAUGUCUUGACUGAGUUUUUAUUUAAAUCGGAACUUAAUUUUUAACUUAAUUCUAGGAGUGCUGAUUAAAUGACUUCCAGUGGUCCUUAAUAUAUUUGAACAUAGCAAUUAUAGAUGACUAGAUGAAGAGUGAUUGUGUGCCGUCAUUCUUAAUAAUAGUUAUGGAUCUGAAAUGUUUGACUGGAUCCGAUGUACAUAAAUAAAAUAAAUAAAAAAGAGACAAUCAGACCCAACUUCACUCGACUAUAAGGAUCAGAGCCAAUGCAGAAUGUCGUUGUUCCGUGCAGACCCGAUACAAUAACAUUCAUAUCAAUAAUUUUAUCAGAGUGCUGCAGAUUUAUCAGUAUAUGUGUCCUGCUGCAGGGACUUAAUGAACUGAAGGAGAAGUUCAUACAAUAUAAAACAGCUGCUGACAACAGAUACUGUAAGAAUCUACAUUUAUAGAUAAAUGAAUAGGAGUGUGUUCUUAACAACUGUCCUCCACUAAACACAUUCAAUGUUUAUAUAUUUUUAAUACCGAUUGAAACACAUCUACUGGUUGAAGAGCGAAUUAGACUUGAAGCACAUCCCUCGAUUGCUGCACAUUCGCUCUUGUUUCCCUUGUUGAUAAAAUCACCAGACUGACAGCUGAGUGAUGCUUCUCCAGAAACAGACGGGAUUCUGGGACGUCUAUUAUCAGCGCGAAGUCUAAAUGCAAUCUGUUUCCAUUCAAUGUCAUGUUCAAGCACUUGCCUCAAAACAAGGACAUGAUGUCACGUUUCUGAUGCAGGUUAUAAAUGAAUAAGGACCCUGUUGUUGGUGAGGUUGUAGUACACUGAAAAUACAAUAAUGCGGCACAAAUGUCCGGCCUACUGUAGGGGCCCACAUGCAUGCAGAAGUCCAUGUUAUCCCGAGUGCAUAGUAUGUCUUCUCAUCUUCAAAUCAUCAAUGUGCUGCUCAAUGUGAUGUUGUGCAGACUACAGAUGACGGAGGCUGCCCUCGCCCUCUCCGAGCAGAAAAACCACAACAUGGGAGAGCUGCUGACACGAGUGAAGGCUGAGAAAGAAGAACAGAGAGAACGACAGAGCAGGGAGAGGAAGAAAGAGCAAGAGGACGGUGCACUCAGAGAAGGUAAACUCCUCAGAGAGAUCCAGAACCUGACAGAAACCAACGCCCAACUCACGAAUAAAGUGGAGGAGAUGGAGCGCAGAUGUAAGUCUCAGCAGCAGCAGAUCGUUGAGCUGAAGCAGGAGCUGACCAACAGCACGGCAGAGCUCAAGCUGCAGCUAGCCCAGGCAGAAGACCGUCUGGAGAUAGAGAAGCGAAGGUCCAAGCAAUCUCUGCAAGACAUGGACAGUCUCCGCCAGAAAGAGGUGGAGCAUGUGAAUCGACUUCUAGAAGAGAGCGAGAGAGCUCUGCAGGAACGCAUCUUCAAACUGGAGGGACAGCGCAUACAACUGGAAGAGGAGCUGAGUAAAGCUAAAGCAGCGUGUGUGACGGAGAGGGCCCAGGCAGAGGAGGACCUGGGAAAGGUGCGAGCUCAAGUGCGUCUGGAGGAGCAGGAGCAUGUGUCGUCCUUGGAGGAGAAGCUUCGCUCCGUGCGUUCCCUCCAACAGGAGGUCCAGCUCCACUGCUCCCAGCAGAAACAGACCAUCUCUGAGCUGCAGGCCAAGAACAGCCAGCAGGGCAUGGAGAUAAACGGACUGCGGCGCAGGACAGAGGAGCUCCAGCAGGAGCUGUCGGGUAAGGACCAGGAGAAGGUGGCUGAAGUGAGCCGGGUGAAGGUGGAGCUGCAGGAGCAGAUUGGACAUUUACAGGCUGAGAGAACAGCUCAGGGAGGACUCAAAGAGAAGAUCAGUGCUCUGGAGAGAGAGAUUAAAGCGCUGAGCAGUAACCACAGAGAGGUGCUGCUCGACAAAGAGAGCGAGAUGUCGUCCAUGCUCGAGAAACUGCGGCUGAAAGAGGCGGAGAUCCAGAGGAUGAGGGAGGACGAAGCCCACAGAGCCAGCUACCUCCAGAGCGCCAUCCUCGCCUACGUCCAGGGCUCACCUCUGGGACACUACAGCAGCCCCAAGAAAUAACAGCUGGAUCCUCCGAGCCCUCACUCCGGAUAGUUCAGGACAGUCAGAAGAAUACAAAAAAAAAUCAUGAUUGUCUGGAGUGUGAGGGCAGAUACCGAGCACAAUGUGCAGUUCCAGUCAAGAAAUGACGGGUUGAAAAGUCAUUCAUGGACCCCAGAGGACGGAUAUUACAUGUGAGAUACACUUUGAUGCUUUCUUUAGAUACAUUUAGCACGUUAAUGCUCUUGCAGGGACGGAUGAUCCCAUGACAUUUCAUCUAUUGCCAUCCUCAGGGUAAAAUGUACAUUUGUACUCCCCCUACCAGUGGAGUAAUGAACACUUCCGCCUCUAGGGGCUGCUACCAAUCCAGUAGACUAUUUUUUACCCUUUGUUAAAAGGGUGGUUUGUUUUUAACAAAACGUUUGUCUGGUUGGUGAGAUUAUUACCAGUUUCAAAACGCAUGCUUUUUUUAAUCUCUUCUAUUGGUCACACAUCAGUUUUUUUAGCUACACAGUAAUAACGUGAUGGUCCAAAUUCUGUAUUCUUUCGAGAUCCUCUUCUCUUAAAUGAGGGAGCAACGCAGGACUCUAACCAACAACAAGAAGAAAAGGAGUAAAAACACAAUCAGGGAACUUAGCUCUACCAUGCAGAAAAUGUCUACAAGUGCAAGAUAUUUGAUUUGAGACUAGACUGCUGUUGAAAGGACAUUCCAUUUAAUACAACCUCAGCUCUGUCUAAACUCUCUACAUCAUCGUUGCCAGAGGAUUCCCUCUCUCGUGUCUCUAGCUCUCAUUAAUUGAGAUGUACUGUGCUUGAAAAUGAACGAUAUCUGUUUUUGCUGUCCACCCCAUCCUGUUGUUCUCCAGUCCAAAUGAAAACUGGAGAUUUGGUUCAAACAUGCCUUUAUAUUGUUUAUAUUCUAUUUGUCAAAGCUCAGACACAGAGAGCAAAAGGCUGAUUCACAAAAUGUUGUCUUCUGUUUUUAUAAAUCAUUUAAUGAAGAAAGUCCUACUUAAACUCUGGACGCAGUCUUUUAUAAUGCAAAUUGCAGUUUUAUAUCUUGAUAUUGAAUCAGAUAUGUGAUGGAUAUUUGUGUUUUAUAUUUUCAGGUGUGUUUUUAACAUUUUACUGAUUUGUUCUUUGUGUUCUUUUAUAUCAGUUAAAUGUGGUUAUUUCUGAAAUAAAUAUGAUUUUUCUUGUGUGGAUGAUUUGGCAGUU